AUGUCAGACAGAGGUCCAGGAAAGCACGAGAAGGGCGAGUUCAACAUCCUCCCCGUCGACGAGGACAAGAAGAACCCCCCACCCCCUAAGGGUCGUCACUCCGAAGGCAAUGGAUCUGAUCUGCGUUCAGAGUUCCAUGUCGGUCCUGCGUUGAUGCCGGGCGCUUUUAUGAGCUCGAUGGGAACUAAUGCUACGGCGCUUGAGCGUGAUCAUGCUGCUUCCAAGGCCAAGAAGGAGCAGAAGUAG